CAAUGGGGAGUGAGCUGGCGGGGCUCCAUGCCCAGCUAACGUAAGUAAGCGUUGUUAGUCGGAAGAAGAAGCCGAUUCUGGAAGCCAUUACGUUGCGCAUUUCAAUUGAGUGAAUCCUACUAUUUUGCGUACAAUACGCACAAUUACCUCUUCAAAAAAGGAAUUUCUGUAAUUAUGGCAUCGGCCGCGAAAAAGAGAAAAAUGAAUUUCUCGGAGAGAGAGGUGGAAAUUAUUGUGGAAGAAAUUGAGAAACAAAAGCACACACUGGUUAACCAUUUCAAUGCUGGAGUCACCCACAUGGCAAAGAAUAACGCGUGGGUGGAAAUCCUGAAAAAGGUGAACGCUGUUACCACCUGUCCCAGAGAGUUGCCCGAGGUGAAAAAGAAGUGGUCUGACAUGAAGACGGAGGUCCGGCGGAAAGUGGCUCAAGCGCGCGCUGCCAUAGAGGGGACCUCCGCUGACUGCACUCCAGUUCCUGUCAUCCUUACUGCCAUGCAGCAGAGGAUCUGUAACCUCCUGGGGGAAGCCACCAUCAUCAGCUUACCUGCAGGAGACUCGGAUGCUGAGAUAACAUUACCUGUUACAAUGAACGCCGCUGCCACCGUGACUCUAGCAGAGACACUUCCAGCUGGUGCAGGUACAGUCUGUGAUGAAGCAAAGCCACUAAAUGCUGAAACAACUUACCACACUCUCGAGGAUGCAAGCGUGGUGGAGUACUGCUCUACCACUGUAAGUGAUUCUACUCCCACUGUGGUGACGGCUGUGGAGGCUCCAGUGGAGAUGCUGGCCUCGUCUUCAGCUUCCCCUCCUCCACUUCAGGGUCAGGCCAAACCUCAGGAGCUGAAGAACCGCAUCGCCCUCAACUCCGCUCGCCUGCUGCAGGAGCAGAGGGUCACCAAUGUCCACAUCCGACAGAUCGCCCAGCACCUGGAAGGACAGAACGAGCUGCUGCAGAUGAUGCGACGCUCCCAGGAGGCUCAAGCAUUUGCCCAGGAAAGACAGGCCCAGGCCCUGGAAGGUACACAGGCUGCCCUGCUUGCAUUAGUCCAGAUGCUCAGGCCUGCUCUAAAAGACCUGCGCAAAUUCCUACAGAGUGGGACAGAAGUUGCAAAUCCCUGCAGCUCAGCGGCAGUCUAA